CUUCAAGAUGCAAUUAGUCGAACGUCAGUCAUCCAGGCCCAGUCAUUGCUGCUUACCGCGUCAGAUAUUCAUGAAAUCCUUUGAGCAAGUGGUACAUGGAAGAGUAGCAACAGCCUUAGAUCCAAACACAGCACAAUGACGAGACCGCUGAUUUCGACGUUCCACCCUUCAUUCAUCAUGGGGUACUUUUCUUACGGUCUACCCUCGUUUCUUGUUCUUGUAAUUGCUCUGUAUAUUCUACUUACUGGCUCGGGAGAGGCAUUCAACGUUGGUCGAUUUUUGGAGGAAACAAGUCCCUAUGCCUGGGCAGCGACUGGCAUUGGCCUUGAUAUAGGCUUGAGCGUAUUGGGUGCAGGAUGGGGUAUAUUCGUCACUGGUGCAUCUAUCCUCGGUGGAGGUGUCAGGGCGCCUCGUAUCAGCACAAAGAACCUCAUUAGCAUCAUAUUCUGCGAAGUCGUCGCGAUAUACGGCGUCAUCAUUGGAAUUGUAUACUCAGCUAAAAUCACCUCAGUUGCAGACUCAGUUCUGUAUACGCGAGACAACUACUACACCGGUUUUGCUCUCUUCUGGGGCGGCCUGACGGUCGGCGCAUGUAACCUUCUUUGCGGUAUCUGUGUAGGAAUUACCGGGUCUACCGCUGCACUAUCAGAUGCCGCGGACCCCAAUCUAUUCGUCAAAAUCUUGGUUGUCGAGGUUUUUGGCAGUAUCAUGGGGCUUUUUGGUUUGAUUACCGGUCUGCUUAUGGUCAGUGCUGCCAAUGAUUUCGCAGCACCUGCAGCUGCUGCGGAAGCCAUAGUCUCACCCUUUGUACAUUGAUUUUCGACGGAACUAGAUACCGAUAUAUCCAAUGCAUAAUAAUUCGCUGCUGCUUCCAAUC